CUGACCUCUAGGAGGCACUGAAUCUUUAAUAACAGUUCCCUUUCAGAUGUCAUACGCACAAAUAGAAAGCUAUUUAAGUAAAUCCCGUGAUUAGCUUUCAGUUUCUUUUCAGUGCCAUUUUCCUAGUACGUGAAUGUGUUUUUUUGUGCUUUAGACCUCCCUUAUGUGCAUAUAACUAUGGAAUCCCCUCCAACAUCUAUUGUUGUACCUACGAAUACAAACUUCUCUCUGAUCAUCUUCAACAAUGUGCAGAAGUGGUACAAAAUUAAUACUGAUAUUUCGUGCUGUUAUACUUACACAGAACCAUUCCAGCCUGGAAGAAAAGAUUGGAUUGGUAUCUUUAAGGUUGGCUGGAAAACCACUAGAGAAUACUUUACAUGGAUAUUUGUACAAAGUGCUGAAGAAUCGACUGAGAAAAGUGUGAAUUUUAAAGCUUAUUAUUUACCCAAGGAUUGUGAGGAAUAUUUCCAAUUCUGCUAUGUGGAUGAAAAUGGAGAAGUGCGAGGGGCGAGCACUCCCUUCCAACUUUGCAAAGAGGUGGAGGACGAUUCUGAUAUGUUGAUGGUUAUGCCAGAGGAAAUGGUGGAUAAGCUCCAGGUAGAGAUACUUGAUUUGAAAGAAAGGGCAUCUUCAGAUCAAAAGACAAUAGAGAAUCUUCAGGAAACCAUUAAGAAACUGGAAAGUAAAAUCAAGGGACUUUUAAUUCAGUUGGAAUCAGAGAAGAGCAGAAAAACAACUCCUGAGCAGCCACUGGAAUUGGAUAAAAUACAAAAACAGAGUGAUUAUACAGUUCAGAAACUACAGUCAGAAUUGAAAGAGAUGGAGCAAUCACGUAAUGAAUCCAGGUUGGAGAAAGAACACUUGCAGGAACUAUUAAUUCAGUUGGAAUCAGAAAAGAACAGAACAAAAACUCCUGAGCAGCCACUGGAAUUAGACAAAAUACAGAAACAGUGUGAUGAUGCAGUGCAGAAACUACAGACAGAAUUGAAGGGGAUGGAACAGCUGUUUAAUAAAUCCACGUUGGAGAAAGAACACCUGCAGGAAGUAAUUACAGCUCAGGAAAAGAAAAUAGCAAAGCUGUGUGUUGAUUUAGCUAUGCAAGAAGUGGCAAUUUCUGAAUUAAAGGAAAAAUCUGAGGUGGAAAGUCAAAAUAUGAAACGCUUACAGAAGGAAAAUAAAAAUCUGCAGAAUGACGUGGAAGAACAGAAAGCUAUAACCUUAGAGGCAACAGAAAAGUUGAACAAACAGCUAAAGUCAACUGAAAAGAAAAUGUCAGAGCUACAAAUCGACCUUCAUCAACAGAAGAUUGUAAAUACAGCUCAACAAAAGGCAGUGGAGAAGCAAAAUGAUGCUAUUGCUGAGCAAGAAGCAAUGAUUUCUCAAUUGAGUAGACAAAACAAGGUACACUUGGAAACAGUGGAGACUUGGAAGAAAAAGUUUCAGAAUGCACAGAACGGGCAGAAGCUUAAAGAUGUGAAGAUGAAAGAGGAGAUACGCAUUGUGCAACAAACUCACGAGCAGGAGAAGGAACAUUUCCAGAAACUGGAAGAUGAAAAUGCGAUGUUGCAGGAAAAGCUAAAUAAGCAGAUAUGUAGAGAGGAGGAAAUUAACAGACAAUUGAAAGAAGCUCAAAAGGCAUUGUCCAUUUUGGAAAAUAAAACAGAUCAACAGAAACAUUGUAUUUUAAACCUGGAAGAAGAAGUAAAAGGUCUUGAAUGUAAGAAUUCCCUACUAGAUGUCGAAAUUUCUCAGCUGAAGGAAGUACAGAAGAAAAAUCUUGAAGAAAUUGACUUGCUUCAUCAAAUACCUCAUAAUAACAGUGCGUGUUCACCUCCUUCUCAAGGAUCUUCCCUGUUUUAUGGAAACCCAUAUGAAGGCGAUAUGUAUGGCAUUUCGUCAGGAGAGUUGCAAAGGCAGGGUGGACACGUACACAGUCACCAGAAUUUCGAAUUACAAUGCCAACUAUGCAAUCAAAUAUUUCCAGAACAUCAAAAACAAAUGUUUGAGGAUCAUUUGUUAUGUCAUGAGCUGGACAAUUGUCCAUGAAAUAGCACACGAAAUUCAGUGCAAACCCUUCCACAGUGAUGCCACCAGGGAGAAAUGGCAAAUCUCAAUGUUAUCUAAAUAGUAAAGAGAAGGUCCGAGCACAUAUGGUUUGGUCCUUAGCAGGCUUUAUUUAGGAACAGAGUUUAGCAAGCUUGAAAGGCUUUUUCCUGAGCCGAAACAUUGUUAAACUCUAGUCCUAAAUAAAGCAUGUUAAGGACCAAUUUACGUGUGCACAGACUCUCUCUUUACUAUGCCAUGAGCUGGAGUGAUCUGUAAAAUAAAAUGCCUAAGCAUAUUUCUAUAUGUAGAUAAACAGACCUCCUUACAAUGGAUAAUGCGUAUACUAUUUUAUUUACAUUGAGAAAUGACAACAUUUAUAGAAAUUCUGUAUAACUUUAUUGUCAGCAACUGUUUCUUUCCUGUUUCUCUAUACCAUCAGUGAAUUCUGGUA